AUGGAAGCCAUAUUACGACAAAACUCCUUAGUGUCUUCUUCCGUUGUGAGUCAGCAUAACAAACAGGAAGCUAUCGAUCGUUUUCGUAUCAUCCUACGGAAUCAUGGUGUUGCUAAGAAACUGGGCAUUAAAGAUUUGGAUAUUGUUUACGUUUUCUUUUCUGCUUCGCUGAGCCUUUUCGUCAUUCUCCAUCCCUCUCCCUCUCCCCUAAGUAUUUUCGCAUCUAUCUAUCUAUCUAUCUAUCUAUCUAUCUAUCUCAGUCUCUUUUUAUCUAUCUAUCUAUCUCUGCCUGUUACUAUCUCACUUUUUCGUAUCUAUGUACAUAUCCCACUCUUUUCGUAUCUAUCUACAUAUCCCACUCUUUUCGUAUCUAUCUAUCUAUCUAUCUAUCUAUCUAUCUAUCUAUCUAUCUCAGUCUGUUACUAUCUAUCUCACAUUUUCGUAUCUAUCUAUAUAUCCCACUCUUUUCGUAUCUAUCUAUCUAUCUAUCUAUCUAUCUAUCUCUACAGAACACGAGAUUAA